GGUAGUUGUCAUUUCACCUGGUGAUGGCGAAUCACAAGACCAAAGUCGUGAUCGUCGGUGCAGUUGGCGUCGGAAAAUCAUGUACGGUACUGCCGACAUUCCAGCGCCGCGCGAAUGCUCAACAGGCUACCUUCCCAAACGAGCGUGCUUUAUAGCGAAAGCUGGAAAGUGACUCGAAGAGGAGGACUCGCCACCUCUGGAUAUCGCUCAGCGACACCGCAUCUAGCACCUCUGCUUCCAAUUUCCUCAAUACAUUCAUGAAGAACGAGGGGACCACAGAAGAGUUUCUAGCAAUUGUUCGGCCAACAGUUUCUCCGGACAUUGUCAAAAGGACGGUCGACGUCGAUGGAACAGAACUGCGUCUUGAAAUAUGGGACACCUCUGGAGAAGAGUGGAGGUGCAAAGAUCUUUCCAGCACUUUCUACCGCAAGGCGAAUGCGACGAUUGUCAUGUACGACGUUACAAAUCCUUCCAGCUAUAGGGAAAUUAACUUUUGGGCAGAUCAGGCCAGACGCAUGUCUGGGAACGACAACCUGGUGCUCACAUUAGUCGGCAAUAAAAUUGAUAUGAUGACAUCCAGGAAAGUGGCGUCUGGAGACGGAAAAAUGUUGGCAAAUAAAUUUGGCAUGGACUUCUAUGAGGCAUCAUCUCGUGACAAGCUCUCUGUGGAUCACGUCUUUUUCAGCAUUGCGAGAAAGUAUGCUAUUGCAAAGCGUGCAGGUGUCUUCCACACAAUGGAGAUGGAGGCAGAACAAACGUUGACGCUGUCCGCAUCGAACACUCCAAAGGAAGGGCAUGUUCGCCGGCGUAAGAAAUGUUGCUGACAGUGAUACACUCCAAAACCUUAUCCUACAUUAUCAUCUCGCAUUGCAUCGGGGGCAUUGAUGAGGUAUCUUCGCCAAUCAUCCUGGUGGUUUCCAUUGUACAAGGAGCAUCCCAGUGAAGGCUACGGAGGGAAGUUCUCUCGGACUACUCAAAUCCCAGAGCAAGAGGGACAGCACUCCCCCUCUCCUGUACCACCAUCGUAUUUCCCCUCGCUUUUCCCCUUCCUUGGUGCACCCAGCUACAAACCCAGAGAAGUCAGGCUAAGCUCACAUUCCCCCACGUGCCACCCCCCCCCCCCCAUUAUAUCGCCACAUGCUCAUGACGUAUUAAGAAGGCAUGCCGGAUGCGUCGUACAGCAGUGACCUUCCUAUCCAUCAAUAAAUCAUAGUAGCCUCAAUUCAACCACCGCCCUGGUCCAUCAUGUUGAAUAUCUGUUGCACCAAACCGAUUCCCAGAACGUCCUCCUCACUCCCUCACCUCUUCUUCUUCUACCCCCUAACCUAUAGUCAUAGUUCGCUACAUACUCCCGCAUUACAGUCUAUACGUCCGGGAAUGGUAAGGGUCCCUUACCCCUUACGUCGUCCCUUACUAAGGGACGACGUUUCCAAUGGAGGCCCUUAAAGUGGUACUUCCCCAAGCAGCAGGCCAAUAUUGGUCCAAUAUAUGGGCUGCCAAUAUGGGACCAAUAUAGGCUGCCAGUAUUGGAAAGCCCAUUUUUUCCAUAUUGGGCCAAUAGUUCAGUGAUAACACAAAUGGGGAAUCCGUGUAAUAAUAAAGCAUUAUCCGGUAUAAUAUCCACCACUGA